AGUCAGCUCAGUCAGUUUCAAAGCCGUGUUUUUACUGUGAGCACACGCAUUUAACGCAUUUAGUUUGCGAAUCUGACUAAAUUAAAUACGGAUUUUAGAAUAAUGUCUCAGCAACCUGUUGCUUUAUUAACGCGUAAAGAGUGCUUUAGUGCGAGUCAUCGUUUACAUAGCAAACAUUUAAGUGAUGAAGAAAAUGCUCAAAUUUAUGGUAAAUGUAACAAUCCGAAUGGGCAUGGACAUAAUUACACAGUUGAGGUAACUGUUCGCGGUCCCAUAGAAAAGCGUACCGGUAUGGUUAUGAAUAUAACUGAUAUAAAAUUGGCAAUGGAUGCGGUUAUAUUUAAGCAACUCGAUCAUAAAAACCUCGAUAAGGAUGUGGAUUAUUUCAAGGACUUGCCUAGCACCACUGAAAAUCUAACAAUUUUCAUUUGGGAUAAUAUACGUGAUAAAUUGAAAUACGCAGAACUUCUAUAUGAGGUGAAAGUGUACGAAACUGAUAAGAACUCUGUUACCUAUCGUGGACCGUAUCCGUAUAACAAUAAUCAAUAUUUGCAAAAUAAACGUUCAUCUAAAACUAGCUGCACAAAUAUAUCGUCAGAUUCUGAUUAAAGACGGCAUACAAUAAAUCGAUAAGAGACAACCAACCAAAGGCAACAGCGGCGACGAGAAUUACUAUGUAAAAUAGUUUAUAAAUUUUGAUUAAUAAAAACACAUAUACAAAUAAUACACAAAGCUUCCAUUCGAUGUUUCUUGCAUAUUUUUUGGCUUUGAUUUUAUUCUUUGGAUUUAAAAUUGACAAUAGUUUGAUUUUUUUCUUUUUUUCUCUCAGGAUAAAAUUGAAUUUUUGUAUUUAGUAAGAUAGAUAUAAUAAAGCUCACGUUUGUUUGAAUUUAUGAAAAGGAAUUGAGCAACAGUUUUGAUUGACAUACGUACAAACGUAGGCAUGCAAGAAUAUAAAUGCUAGAAUAUAGAAGGAAAAAUUUUCUAGUUAUUUGUAUUGUAUGCUUUCCUGAAAAAUAAGUCUACAAUUUACGCCAUAAAAGUAUAUACGCGUGUACAUGUUGUACGUAAAUAUUCUUUUGUAGACAUUAUAUACUAAUUAAGCUUAUAAUUUUUUUUUUUUUAUUCAAUUAAAAUUUCUAAUAUAACGUUUUUCAAUCACAACAAUAUUUGAUAUUGAGUUUCAUUUUGAUAUAACGUUACGUUUGUGCAUCGUUCAUUAAAUAGCUAACUAUGUUUUAUCUCAACUAUAUAUUUAUAAUAGAUUUUUAAUAAACUUUUAAUUAUCAACUAUUAUAUUUAAAUAUUUGA